UCUGCCACAGACAAAUAUUUCGUUCUUCCCUUUGUUCCUAACCUCUCGCUCGACCCUACAAUCGAUAUCUCGCCGCUUGCAUCAGAACCGGGGUCGCCAGCUAGGUCAAAUCUCAUUCACCGUCGAACGGUCCAAGCGGAUUGUCGCGCGCGUCACGUCAGCUUCCCAGUCACCGCGAGAUACUUUGCAUCAACAGGCGUCAAGAUGCCUAUUCAAAGCAUCAAAGCUCGUCAGAUCUACGACUCUCGUGGAAAUCCCACGAUAGAGGUCGACAUCGUCAAUGAACUGGGUCUCUUCCGUGCUGCUGUGCCAUCGGGCGCGUCCACCGGAGUUCACGAGGCCUUGGAACUGAGGGAUAAUGAUAAAUCGAAAUAUCAUGGCAAAUCUGUCUUCAAAGCCGUAGAGAAUGUCAACUCUAUUAUCGCUCCUGCGUUAUUGAAGUCAAAUCUAGAAGUUACGCAACAAACGGAAAUUGAUAACCUCAUGCUGCAAUUAGACGGUACACCAAACAAGUCCAAGUUGGGAGCUAACGCAAUCCUGGGUGUCUCCUUGGCGAUCUGCAAGGCUGGUGCUAAGAAGAAGGGCAUGUCUCUCUUCAACUACAUCGCCGAGUUGGCUGGCAACAACGAAAUCAUCCUGCCGGUGCCAGCGUUCAAUGUGAUCAACGGUGGGUCCCAUGCCGGUAAUAAACUAGCCAUGCAGGAGUUCAUGAUUUUACCCACCGGUGCGAGUAACUUCACAGAAGCUAUGAAAAUGGGUAGCGAGGUCUACCAUCACUUGAAGGCGGGUAUUAAGAAGAAGUUCGGUCUCGACGCCACGGCUGUAGGUGAUGAGGGUGGAUUUGCGCCGAACAUCUUGGAGAACAAAGAAGCCCUCAACUUGAUCAUGGAUGCUAUCAAGACCGCCGGCUACGAAGGGAAGAUCAAGAUCGGCAUGGACGUCGCUGCGUCCGAGUUCUACAAAAAUGGAAAGUACGACUUGGACUUUAAGAACGAGAAGUCCGACCCGAGCACAUAUUUGGAGCCUGAAGCGUUGAAGAACCUGUAUCUGGAAUUCGUCAAGGAUUUCCCAAUCGUGUCGAUCGAGGACCCCUUCGAUCAGGACGGCUGGGACUCCUGGACCUCGAUGACCGCGUCGACCCCUAUUCAAAUCGUGGGUGACGACCUCACAGUCACUAAUCCUGAGAGGAUCAAGACAGCCAUCGAGAAGAAGGCCUGCAACUGCCUGCUGCUGAAGGUCAAUCAAAUCGGCAGCGUGACCGAGUCCAUCAAUGCCCACAAACUCGCAAAGAGCAACGGCUGGGGCACCAUGGUCUCCCAUCGUUCCGGAGAAACGGAGGACACGUUCAUUGCUGAUCUGGUGGUCGGUCUCUCGACUGGCCAGAUCAAAACAGGCGCGCCAUGCCGCUCAGAGCGACUGUGCAAAUACAACCAGAUCCUGCGUAUCGAGGAGGAGCUGGGCGCCGCUGCGAAAUACGCCGGCGAGAAAUUCCGCAACCCUCACGCUUAAAUUAGACUUGCGUUAUAACAUAUCCGUUGUCGCAGUUCAUUGUUGCGGACUGAGUCCCGGCUAUCUAUAAAAUGUAACAUUAAAUCGUGUAUAUUUUAUGACCGUUUACGACCAACGUUAAGCGCGGCGUAGUCCGAGAGUAGAACGAGAGGUUCGUACCGUUUAGCGACGAUAAAUCGAUAGCGUAUCAUACACAAUGAUACGCUAUCAUACGCUAAACAUGGCAGAAUUAUCGCAAUUAUCUGCAGAACGGAAAAAAAUAGAUGUAUCGAAAAGAAAUACUUUGAAAUAAUGUUGAAACAUGACGCUAUAUAGUAACAUUAUAUAGUUACGUAUAUAAUAUAUGAAAAAAAAGAUAAAAAAGAGGAAAGAGUAAACGAACGAAAAAGUAAUAAAUCUCAUCCCAGAGACAGACCGUGUAUGUGUUCGGUGUCGCAUGUGAGAGAGCCGACGGUAAUAUGUCAUGUCGGCAAUAUGUCAUUUCGUAAAAAAAAGUCAUCUGUAAAAGUAAAUUAAUAAAUUAAAAUGAGAAAGAAGGUCAGA